AUGGCUUCUAACUUCAACGAUAUAGUGAAGCAGGGAUACGUGCGCAUACGGAGCAAGAAGCUGGGGAUCUUCCGGAGGUGUUGGCUCGUGUUCAAAAAAGCUUCGAGUAAAGGGCCGCGGCGGUUGGAGAAGUACCCAGAUGAGAAGGCGGCCUACUUUAGGAGCUUUCACAAGAUCACCGAGCUCCACAACAUCAAAAACAUCAGCCGAAUGCCACGAGAGACAAAGAAGCAUGCGGUCGCCAUUAUCUUCUGCGACGACACCUCCAAGACAUUCGCUUGUGAAUCCGAGCUGGACGCGGAGGAGUGGUGCAAGCUGCUGUGUGUGGAGUGCCUGGGCAUCCGCCUGAACGACAUCAGCCUGGGGGAGCCGGACCUGUUAGCAGCGGGGGUGCAGCGAGAGCAGAGCGAACGCUUCAAUGUUUACCUAAUGCCCACUCCCAACCUGGAUAUCUACGGCGAGUGCACCAUGCAGAUCACCCACGAGAACAUCUACCUUUGGGACAUCCACAACCCGCGCCUCAAGCUGGUCAUGUGGCCUCUGAGCUCCCUGCGGCGAUACGGUCGAGACUCCACCUGGUUCACCUUUGAGUCCGGAAGGAUGUGUGACACCGGGGAGGGUCUGUUCACAUUCCAAACCCGAGAGGGAGAGAUGAUCUACCAGCGUGUCCACUCCGCCACUCUGGCCAUCGCACAGCAGCACGAGCGCAUGAUGGAGGAGCUGGAGAAGAGCUCCCAGAUCCUCUCCAGAGAAACGCUCACCAAGUCCAUCUCUCUGCCACGCAGCGUCUACUGGCAGCACAUCACGCGUCAGAACAGCGUGGGAGAUCUCUACAGUUACCAAGGAAACGCCCUGAGUUUAAACUUCAUCCCUCGCGCACAGACCUUCCCCAGUUUUCUGUCUGAGGACCACCAGCAGGAGGCGCACCAGCAGCAGGAGGAGCAGCAGGAGGAGCACCAGCCUGAAGAGGAGCAGCCACAACAUGAAGCACCAUCGCUCUCUAGUGGCCACGCGUCGAACUGCAGCCUGAGACCGCUCCAAUGA